UUCUGGGCGCAGCGAAUCAGCUUGCAGCGAGCGAGGAUUUAAACCAAGAGGCUGUUCCUUGAAGCUACACCACAUCGUUCUCCAUUACGACUCUUUGCCUGUUUGUAGACGCAGCGCUCGUUUCGAAAUGGCUCUCAGAGUGACCCGGAAUCGCUUGGCUUCCACCAAGGUUGACCUCGGUGGGAAAGCCUGCUCUGUGGCUGGGCCCACACAGAAACCCCGAGCAGCCCUGGGAGAAAUCGGAAACGUCGCAAUUAACAAAGACGCACAGAAGAAGACUGUCAAACCCGAGGCUGUCAAGAAGACUAAAGUGACAGCCAGAGCUGAGAAAGCUGAGCAGAUCAAGCCAAAAGUUGUUGUUCCUGUUAAAGUUGGGACAGAGCUGCAGGUCCCACCUGAACCAGCAUCUCCCACUCCAAUGGAGACUUCAGGCUGUGAGCCUGCAGACCUUUGCCAAGCAUUUUCAGACGUCAUUCUCAACACUGCUAUCAGGGAUGUUGAUGCAGAUGACCAUGACAACCCCAUGCUCUGCAGCGAAUACGUGAAGGACAUCUACAAGUAUCUCCGUCAGCUUGAGAUUGAGCAGAACAUCAGACCAGAUUAUCUGCAGGGUCAGGAGGUGACAGGCAACAUGAGGGCCAUUCUCAUUGACUGGCUUGUGCAAGUGAACCUGAAGUUUCGGCUGCUGCAGGAGACGAUGUACAUGACAGUGGGCAUCAUUGAUCGCUUUCUUCAGGACCAUCCAGUCCCCAAGAAGCAGCUGCAGCUUGUUGGAGUGACUGCCAUGUUCCUUGCUUCCAAAUACGAGGAAAUGUAUCCCCCAGAGAUCUCCGACUUUGCCUACGUGACCGACAGGGCGUACACCACAGCCCAAAUCAGAGACAUGGAGAUGACCAUUCUGCGGGUGCUGAAGUUCAAACUGGGCCGCCCUCUCCCCCUGCAGUUCCUCAGAAGGGCCUCAAAGAUUUAUGAGGUAACUGCUGAGCAGCACACUUUGGCCAAAUAUCUCCUGGAGCUCACCAUGGUUGACUACGAAAUGGUCCAUUUCCCUCCUUCACUGGUGGCAAGUGCUGCUUUGGCACUUACCCUCAAAGUAUUGGAUGCUGGAGAAUGGGAUGUGACACUGCAGCACUACAUGGACUACACAGCAGAGAGUUUGAUUCCUGUUAUGGCACACAUCGCUAAGAACGUUGUCAAAGUGAAUAAUGGGCUGACCAAGCACAUGGCCAUCAAAGGCAAAUAUGCCACCUCAAAGCAGAUGAGGAUCGCCAACAUCUCGCAGCUCAAAUCAUCAGUGGUCAAGGAACUUGCAAAGCAGGUCACACAGUGAGGUGACUGUCUCUGGCACCGUGUGCUGAUUUUUGUACAGAUGUAACUUAAGACUUUUAACAUGACCGAGGGAUCCAUGUCACUGGUUAGCAUGUUUUAGCUGAGGGUAUGUAUUUUCUUUUUGUUUUUACUGAGUACUUCAAGCAUGCCACAAGGUUUAAGUUUUGACCUACAACAAAAUCACGAUUCAAUCUUAUCAGAUUGACAGCUGACCCCUAUGGCUUGUGUGUUUAGGUCACUGACUAAUGCAAGAACCAAGAAUCCCAAAGGAGUUGCUGUCCUUGCAUAACUUACAUGCACACUUAAAUGUUUAUAAAACUGCUGCUGACGUGUUGAAUCUAAAACCUGUGGCAUGACUUGAAAAUGAUCAGUGUGUGAAAUAGACCAGUGGGCAAGUGACUUUUUAAAAAUUUUUUUUUUUCAAUGGAUGUGUUCUUAUAGUAAAAAUGUACAGUUUUUUUCUUUUUUUUUUU